AUGCGCAGUAGACCCCUCCUCCAGCACCAACUAUCACAAGCCUGGAGACUAGCACAACGAAAGUCGCCAGUAAUCGUCUUCCCGCAACGUUCGAGAUGGUAUUCUCAGCAAGCGUCCAAAGCGCAAACGGGCGCUGGCACGACUACACCGGUUCCCGAUAACGCUGAGCCACCCAAGUCCAAGUUGCCUUUCUACUUCGAGGCUGGAUAUGCGCUCUUCGCAAAGAGGCCUUCGCGGCCGUUUCCUCCGCCUUUCCUGUCGCUGCCUUCGACGAGUUUCUCUGAGCCCCUGAGUACGCACAACAAGAGUCGCGAUCGCCGACCGACAGUCAAUGGGCAGAUGAUAAGAGGCGUCACAAACGGGGACGAUGCGGUGCUAGUCAGUGAGAGCUUCAUUGCAGCAAACGACGGCGUGGGCGCAUGGGCAACAAGAGAAAAGGGUCAUGCUGCUCUAUGGUCCCGCCUAAUCGCCCAUUUCUGGUCCCUCGAAAUCGAGAGCGCAUCCUACUCCUCCACCUCACCUCCAAACCCCGUCACAUACCUCCAGACCGCAUACGAACUCACAAAGCAAGCGACCUCCUCGCCCAACGAAUGGCACGGCACGACCACCGCCUGCGGAGCACUCCUCGGUGCGGAUAACGAGCAACCCGACCACCCCUUACUCUACGUAACGCAACUAGGCGAUUCCCAGAUCCUCGUCAUACGACCGAGUAGCAAGGAGGUCAUAUACAAAACGCAGGAGCAGUGGCACUGGUUCGAUUGUCCACGGCAGUUAGGGACUAAUAGUCCAGACACUCCGGACAACAACGCAGCCAUGGAUUGUGUAGAAAUCCAGGAAGAAGAUGUCGUCCUAGCAAUGUCGGAUGGCGUAGUAGAUAACCUGUGGGAACAUGAAAUCGUAGAGAACAUCUGCGAGAGCAUGGAGAAGUGGAACGGAGACAAGGAGAAAGACACAGAAGACCAGACUUAUGCUGAUGGCAUGCAAUUCGUAGCGCAGCAGCUGGUUAAUGCUGCGAGAGAGAUUGCUCAAGAUCCGUUUGCCGAGAGUCCGUAUAUGGAGAAGGCGAUUGAUGAGGGCUUGUCUAUUGAAGGAGGAAAGCUUGACGACAUUAGUGUCGUGGCUGCACAGUGCAAACGGCGCAAAGGAUGA